GUCAGAUAAUCGAGUGUCUUUACAGUAUCAGGGAUACUACCUGAGGAAAGUGUUCUAUUUAUCUCUUCCAACUUCAGACUGGGUUUUGUUUAAAUCUGCUGAUGGAAUUCAGAUAAACAACCAGAGGGUUGUCCCUCGUAAGAUUUUACAUGGCAGAUUCCGAUGAAGAAUCCGAUCGCCGUCGUAGCCGUGACAAAUUUCGCCGUGAACGUAGUGAUCACGAUGGACGUCGUCGUCCUGGUGAUAAACGAGAGCCAUUCGACGACCGAUCAGGUACUGUAGGUGUUGCACCGGCUCGUGAAGAUAAUCGUUUGUCAGGUGAAGGUCGGAAUGACCGUGGACGAUCACCUGCAGAACCUCCUUACAAAAGACCUCGUAAAGAUAACAGUGAUGAUAAUAAACCAAGUUCAUACCAGCGAAAGGAUACCAAAAGUUCAAGUGUCUCGGAAUACGAUGGCAUGUACAGGCCUCCAGUAAUACCAUUUAAACGGUUUCUUGAUCCUUUGGACGACUUGAUAACUGAAGAAGAGGCGUGUAGUAAAUACAAAGAAUACAAAGAAGGAUAUAUGAAGCGUCAUACCGAAGAGUUCUUUGAUGCACACAAAAAUGAGGAAUGGCUUCGUCUUCGUUAUCAUCCCGAUUACAUGAAUGAAAGAAAAGCCGCUCUUAGCGCAGCAGCCAAGCAUCGUCUAGAUGUUUUCAUGGAGCUUUUACAUAAAGGCUUUCUCGAAAAUCAGUCUGUUCAGAUGGACAAUAGUGAGAAUCUCAUAAAACUCAUGGAUGCUGUUGUUAUCAAACUUGAAGGUGGUUCUGAUGAAGACCUAAAGGUACUUGAAGAAUCUGAUCGUAAUAGAUAUUCAGACGAAGAAGUAGUACAUCAGUCUCAGUCUUCUGGACCUAUUUGUUGUGAAAAUAAAAGUGAAGGAGAGGCUGAAUCUGAUGAAGAUUUCGAACAUGAGAAGCCUAACACAGAACUUCCUAGAAAAGUGAUGCCAGAACCUCUUCACACUCCAGGUUCUACUGUGGAGUGUCGAACAACUAACCGACGUGCACGAACUGAGUCAAACAAGUCUGGUAGCUCAGCUCCUUCACAAAGUAGCCAGAGUAGCGAUAGUGACAGUGGUUCUUCAAGCGAUGACGAAGCUGAUGAAAGCGCCAAACCUAAAGCUGAAGUUGAUCAGAAGUGUAAUGAACUCGGUAAUAUUCAUGACGUUGCAAGGUCUGAAGUUGACGAAGAUGACGACGAUGUACCCACUCCUACAACUGCCGAGUCCCCAAGAGGAUGUAAAAAUGAAGACUCUUCUGUUUCUAUGAUCAUCGGCUCGGUAAAUGAUACACCUGUCAAACAUCCUAUUUUUGGAGAUCCUUCCAACGCUCCUCAGUCCAAGUGUGCAAAUCCACCAAGACUGCUACAUAAAACUGCCUCUAUAUUCUUCCGAGCGUUACCUCCAACUAUAAUGGAAAGCGAACUCAAAGAGCUUUGCGCUUCUCAACCUGGAUUCAUAAGAUUGGCUCUUUGGGAACCUGUUCCUGAACGUCGAUUUAUGCGACAUGCAUGGGCCACAUAUGAUCCUUCUGUUAACAUCAAAAAGAUAUGUUGGGCGUUAAAUACCAGUACCUUAUUACGCGAAAAACUUGAACUGCCAAACGGAGAAUUAGGUGCUACGGUUAAUCGUGAUUUAGCCCAGAGAGUUCGUCCUCUUACUCCUCUCACACGUCAUAAACCAGUUAUGCGACAAGAUUUACUCUUGGCUGCGCAACUUGUCGCACGUUUAGAUGCUAAACAUAAUCUAUGGAGUCAUUUGGAAAUUCCUGAUAGUACAAAUGAUUUGAAUACGAUUGGUAAGCUCAAAAUCAAUGGUGAUUCGGAGUUUAAGAAUAUUUGUGAUUAUACAGCUCUGGAAAUGGCUAUUAAGAGUAAAAAUCCAUUACUUAAAAAUCUGACAGACUAUCUUGUUGAUGAAGGUGGAAGUGAAGAAGAAGCACUUAUAGCGGAAACUCAAGCAGAGGGUGAAGGAUGUGACAAUAGUAGUAAUACUGUAGUUGGACGUGUUCACACUGUAACAUUGGAAUCCGACCCUAAUUUGGCUCGUACUUUAGAUUUGUUAAUACUCUAUUUACGUAUUGUCCAUUCUAUGGAUUACUAUGCAGGAGCUAUCUAUCCCAUGGAGGAUCUCAUGCCUCAUCGAUGUGGAAUUCUUCAUGCAAGAGGUGACAGAGGAAUAAAUCCUGUUCCUGGUGCUCGUCCUAGUGGUCUGGCUUUCACUCAAAGAGAAAUUAAUGAUCACCUUCAGAAUUUCGCUUUAAAAUUGCGUACUCUUAUCGAGGUACCAAAAGAUUUAACUGAAGAGGAAAUGAAAAAGUUAGGUAUGCGAGAUCCUGAAAAAGCUGCAGAAGAAUUCGUUGAAGCUAAUAUUCAAAAAAGAACUGGCAAGAAAAAACCGUAAGUGUAGUUCUUUUAUUAUUUUUUAAAAAAAAAGUUAUCAGAAAUGAGUGUUUUGAAUGUUUAUGGAUAGAGACAAAUAGAAAUGUUGGACUACUGUUAAACAUCACCUAACUUAAAGAGUAUUCAUGGUAUUCAUUUACUGACUGAAUGACUUGAUUGUGCAGUAGUUCACAUUUCUGUGUUUCACAAUGAAGUUAUGACAGAAUCUGUUGUAAUAGGAGAUGAGUAGUAGAAACGUGAUCAGUAAACUCUACUAAAUAUCGUAACUAGAUAUUGGACCAAAGACUAAACUGGCAUCAGAUUAUUACUAUAUACGUCAUUAUACUAGUUCACGUGAACCCGAACACCAAUAAUUGGGAUCAGGGCAAUAGUAUCUUGAGACAAAGUGUCAGUUAUCAACAGAACUGAAUCACAAUAAAAUCCGUUUUACGUAGAAAAUGGUCUUUUAUAUUGACUGUAGCUAGGUAUGUUUAUCUUCACUCAUCACUUAAUCAUGGCUUACUUUAACCACCACUAACACAUUAGAAUCAAAUAUUAGGAUUUGAUCACCACCAAUAAAUGUAAAAUUUAAUAUGGAAUUUGUGUAACUACUCAUUAACCUGCUUAAUGUUCUUGGACAUUACUUCACUCGACAAAUCCCCAUAUCAGAACACAGUUGAGCAGGAAUGUAAUGAUAUUUCAAUAACAAAAGUCGAUGGAAGUAAAAACCACAACAAGAAAAACGUUAGUAUAUUUAUAAUUUUUACAUAAAAUUCUAGAGUCUUCUCCAAGUCUCCGCAAGCUCUGAUUGGUUAAGAAGUAGCCCAAUUAGCGUGCCUCAACAUAAUCCUGCACGGAAAAUGCUUUAAUCCAAUCUAUAUCACAUUAACAUAACUUGUUAGUGUAGAUAUAAUUGUUUCGUCAAAGGGCUUGUAACACCAGUAGUGGUAGUGUACACUAAAUUGUUCGAUUUCAACAUACAGAAUUAAGCUAAGGUUAUUUAGGUUGCUGCGUUUCAACGUUACAAGAAUAUAGAUGGAGAAUACUGAACAAUAAUCUGUUAAUGUGUUUAUACAUGUUCAUAAUUAACAAGUGCACUACUCUGAGGUUUGCAUUUUGAAUUUUCUGACUUCACUGACCUUCUUGAGUCACACGGUUUUAUAAAAAAAAUAAUUGUAAGAGACAGUCUAACUACCUCGAUCAUCGAGAUUUGAUCCUUCUAUGUAUAUGUCACGUUAUAUUUUCCUACGAGCUCCUUUCCCAAUGAUUCUUGUUAAUAACUUUUCACAGAAGUUUCAUAAGAGUUAGUACAUGACACAAUUGGAUUGAAUGGAUAAUUAUAGUUGAAGUAUGAGUGUUUUACAGGAUGUUUUUUUGUUUAGUAAUUCAUUAAAUUAACUAAUCACACAUGCAACGAAACUAUUUUAGAUUUAAAGUUGUAUGGGUAUGUCCAUUAUCCGACAAGAAAUUCCGUGAACCAAUUUUUGUUCGUAAACAUAUUUUCAAUAAACACAUGGACAAGGUAGAAGCAGCUAAAAAAGACAAUGCAAUAUUUUAUAAUAACUAUUUAAAAGAUCCUAGACGUCCAUCAUUACCGGAAGCUCCUUAUCAUUUGUUAAAUCAAUAUUAUCCAUCUUUGAGUUCGAAUUCAAAUAGUAAUAAUCAUACAUACAGAGGUAGAGGUUCUGGACGUGGUAAUACGGGUGGAAGUUAUCGUGGAUAUAGGAAUAAUUCACUUCUUUCAACAGCACCAAGUUAUGUACGGGGUACUGGAACUUUUCAGGUAUGCUGUAUACAUACAACUUAUUUUCGUUUCGAUAUUGUUGAUAUAUUUUGUUUACUAUUCAUUUCUGUGGAUUCAGAGAUAAAAAGGUGUCUUAUGAGCGACUUGAGAAAAUUUAUAACAUGAAAUGUGAUAACUUAAGCUUCUACUAUACUGUCCGUCUACCAACUAUUAACGCAAGUUUGCCGCCCAGCAAUCCUUCAAGUAUUGCUCUACGGUUGAAAAACACUCUAUAGAAGACAUGCUUAGACCGGAAUUAUGUGAUCAUAGGUUUUCCCGAAUUACUGGUUGUUUAUUGUAGUAAGGUACUACUAGGGAAAAACGGAAAAUCGGUAGAUGAAGCUAUAUGUAAACCUUCCUGAUGGACUAAGAGCCAAUAGAAUAGUAAUAAUUAAUGGUUAAAGAUGUUAGACGCCACGGCACAAAUCUGGUAGUAUUCGUACAAUUGUAUACACUAUGUUCCUUUUAGUCUUGGCUUCAGUUUCACUACUUAUUUACCAUCCUUCGGCCACAUUUAUUCCAUUUGUAUUCUUUUAUACUUUGUUUAUAUAUAUGUUUUUUUACCGAUUUUGGUGCAUAGUUUCCUGUCCGUUCAUACUCAUCAUGUUAAUUUCCCUCCUCUCAAUUCACUGAUAUUUGAAACUUUGAAUAGACACUGAUUCUUACCAAAGCUUGCGUUAAUAAUGAUUUCUAACUAUACUACUACUACUACUGGGUGCUUUUUUGUUCCAUUUAAACUUAACAUAAUUGAAUUUGUCGAUGGUAUAUCUUGAAUUUCACUAUUGUUUUAAUGGUGAUAUAAUGAACUAAAAAAUCGACUGUUAUCUAAUCAUUUUGACUGAUUAUCUUAGUGUUUAAGAAAAGUUGUACAUCUCGAACUAAAUGACUCAUGUCAGUACCAGCGUUGUAAUAGCUUUUCAAGUUUAUACCAUCAUUAAUAACUAUGAAUUAUUUCAUUAUUAUUCAAACCCAAAUACUAAUAAUGAUAUAAACAUCAUACUUAUUGAACAAAUUUGUGGCUAUCUACACCUAAUAGUAGCUCAGUUAACGACGCCUUGUAAUUUAAUAGUGAAGGGCAAUGGGUCAGAGUAUCAAUCUGUGAAACAUCAACACUAGGAUGCAGGUAUAUCCACCCAAUCAGUUCCAAAUAAGGCGGAAAAAACUUCUUAAAUCCUUCUGUGAGUUACAGGUCAUUUAUUAAGUAAAGUUUUUUGGACUGUCUUGUAAAUUCCAUUACUCAACUAUUUUUCCCUUUGUCCAGGACUAUUAUGAUGUGGCAGCUCAACAACAACAACACCAAGCUAUGGCGGCUGUAGCAGCAGCAGCUGCUGCCGCUUUAUAUCCAAACGCUGCGACAGCAGCUGAUUUGUAUGCAUUGGCUGCACAGGCAGGUGCACCUCGCACAGGUCUUGGAAUGUCUAGGUCGCGUGGUCAACGUGGUUCUUCACCAUCUCAUGAUUUCAAUCAUCGACCAUAUAGUAGUAGUAGUACAUUGGAUAAUCGCCGGAGACAGCCUACAAACUAUUCGACAAAUAGACGUCCAGUUGGUGGUGGUGGCGGUACUACAACCGGUGAACGAACAAUGAUAUCAUAUAAUGAUUUAGAUGAUCCUGGAAAUGAUGUGCUUUAAAUUGAAUUAACUAAUUAAUCUAAUCAUCUUCAUCGACUGUUACAACAACUGCUUUAUUUUCUAUGUUCUUGUUUUCUGUUUGUUUCUAAAGUUUAUCACGUUGACACAUUUAAAUGAAUAUCAUGUAUAUCUGAACAUUGUGCAUUUUCAUAUUCUUUCUUCCUUAUAUUAAUUACAAUAAGAAAAGUUCUAUUAAAAUUAUAUUACAC